AUGAGUGGCAAAGAAAGUACAGGACAUGAUCUUGUUAGUAUGAUAAAAACGAAUCCAUUGAUUUCACAGCCGAAUGAUGAACAAUCAAAUAAGAAACAUGAGAAAGAAUCAGGUGAUUUUGAUAAUGAUGACAUUCAAAAGAAAAUGAGUGGUUUAAUUCAUAAUUUACAAUCAGGAUCGCCUGAUCAGUCUGAUAAAACUCCAACGAAAGUCGAUGCCGAACGAAUACGAUCACCAGUGGCUGAGAAACAAGCAGAACGACCAUCACGAUCGACGAGUCCGCAAGUAUCAAAACCACAUGAAGUCUCCAAAAUACGACCAGCGUCAUUAAGUUCAUCAAGUGAUGAUGAAAAGAAGAAGAAAAAAGGGGCCCAACGAGAUUCAUCCGAUGAACAUCAUCGAAACUCAUCGAAGUCACCUAAACCAGAAAUGAAACACGAUAGUUCUCAGACAAAACACGAUACAACCGCUACAGCGAAUACUCAUAAGAAUGCUCGUUCUUCAUCAACGGAUUCGGAGGACCUUCCCCGUUCGACAUCGAAAAAAACUCAAGCGAAACAUUCUCCACGCGAUGGUGAAAAACGUUCGUCAUCGCGAGAAUCUAAAAAAGAACGUUUGAACAAUUCCAAAGCAUCUCAAAAAGAAAAACCUAAACCUAAAUCUACGCAUUCGACUGAUGACGAUACAACCGAUGACGAACAUCACACGUCUAAAUCAAAGAAAAAGACAACCAAUGAUGAACAUCAUAAAACAACCGAUGAAGAUACCCACGUAAAGAAGACACAUAGUAUUCAAGAUCUCGUUAAUAAAUCGAUCAAACCAUCAGAUCCACAUUCGGACACGGAACAAGCAAAACCUAAACGCCGACGACCGAAACGUAUUUCUCGUACAACACAAACGUAUGAACAUAUCUUCCGACGAAUGGAACGUGACCAGCAUGAGGAAUUAGUUCCAACGAAUGAUACAGACAAAAAUUGUCAAACACGAAAAUCUCAAUUAUCUCCGCAAAAACGAUCGUCGAAAAAAUCCUAUUCGAUCUAUAUAUCCAGCGAUGACUACAAAUUUGAACCGGUUAACUCAAAAAAGUCUUCAUCUGAUCAACGAAAGUCGUCGAAUACGCGUAAAUCUGCACCAGAAAGCGGUAAAUUAUUGAUUCUUCGUCCGACACAAUCGGACCAUCAUAGCAAGGCUAUUAGCACACAGCGUAUUACUUCUGAACAAGCUAUUGAUUUGAUUCGAAAUGAUAAAAAACAAGAUUCAUCAUCAGCCGACCAACGAGCGAAAUCCAAAACACGUAAACAACCUGAACACGCUCAGAAAUUACCUCGAGUGAAUUCCCCAGCAUCGUCAACGGAACACGAUCAUCCACAUAAAGCGAAUGCUAAAGGAAAAACUAAAAAGAACGCCGCAGAUGAUUCGUUAUAA